CUAUGUCAUAUGUGCCCCGGAUAUAAGACUUUUACGUCCAGCCACCUUGCUUGCUUCAAUUUCUUAAUAAGGCGUAUUCCGGCACGCCCUAGUCUAAUCCCAAGUGAACUGAACUCACUACAACAACUACAGAACCAGCAUGACUACCAAGGCAUAUGGACUCUCCAUCAACAUAUCGGGAACUCUCUUAUCUAUGAACAACGGGUACCAAUUCAUCCCCAUGCAGUACUGGUCGAUAAAUUUCAUUACUCUACUGAAGUACUAUUUCAAGAGUUCGGUACAGACCAAUUCUUUGAGACUUCUGGUACCGCCUAUAUUACUUCCCGCUAUGGCUAGCCAGGAUAAUUUAAAUAUAUUAGGUGUGUGGUGUGGUAUCAGACAGCCUCCAACUUCGCUCCGAAACAGAACCGCG